CCCCGCCCGCGGGUGCACGUGCGUGUGCGUGCCUGCGUGCGCGCGCGCCCGGGCAGCUGUAAAAAUGGGACGUCGCUCAUCAGACACAGAAGAAGAGAAUCGAAGCAGAAGAAAAAAGAAGCACCGUAGGCGUUCAUCUUCAAGUAGUUCCUCAGACAGCAGAACAUACAGCCGUAAGAAAUCGGGAAGGAAGUCCAGGUCGAAUUCACGGUCUCGAGAUCUCCAGGCCCGUUCACAUUCUUAUGAGAAAAGACGCAGACACCGAUCUAGCAGUAGUUCUUCAUAUGGAUCAAGAAGAAAACGGAGUCGUAGUCGAUCAAGAGGCAGAGGCAAAUCCUACAGGUCUCAGAGAUCAAGAUCAAAGAGUAGAACAAGAAGGUCACGAUCAAGACCUCAUCAACGUUCCUACAGUCGAAGUAGUGAAAGAUCUAGCCAUAGAAGAACUCAUAGCAGGUCUCGUGAAAGAGAACGUCGCAAAGGCAGAGAUAAAGAAAAAAUGAGAGAGAAGGAGAGGUGCAGAGGGAAAGAGAAGGAGUUGUAUAGCUCCAAGCGUGGGGACUCUGGAAACAUCAAAGCUGGAUUAGAACAUCUGUCACCAGCUAUUCAGGCAACCACUAGAUUACAGCUUGUUCUUGAAGCAGCUGCUAAAGCUGAUGAAGCAUUAAAGGCUAAAGAGAAAAGUGAAGAAGCAGCAAAAAAGAGAAAGGAAGAAGACCAAGCCACCCUAGUAGAACAAGUAAAACGAGUAAAAGAAAUUGAAGCUAUUGAAAGCGACUCCUUUGUUCCACAGACAUUUAGAUCAAGUAAAGAAGUCAAAAAGUCAACAGAACCUGUUGAAUUAAAAUACGAACCUGCAACUGUAGGAAUGGGAACUGCUGAUACGUCUAAUACUGAAAAAGAAAUAGCAACUAGCAGCAUUCCUACUGCCAUCAAGUACCAAGAUGACAACUCUUUAGCACAUCCAAAUCUAUUUAUUGAGAAAGCGGAAGCAGAGGAAAAGUGGUUCCAGAGGUUGAUCGCUCUUCGACAAGAAAGGUUGAUGGGCAGCCCAGUGGCUUGAACAACUUACAGUAAAUGUUAUACAGAAUUCUCCAUGAAUGCUAAUAAACUUCUACCAUACACCUGUAGUUUUACUUUUUAAGAGAUGUUAAAUUCUGAAUAUGAGUUGUAAGAAGAAAAAAAUGAAAUGUUUCAUCUGAAUUAGAAAGAAAUCUGUUACUCUCACAUAUUACCUUCUGUUUAUUCAUUGAUGAGAUACUUGCGUUCAUUAUUUAGAACAAUUUAUAUAUAGGUAACACUUUAAAGGUGAAUGAAAAAGUGAGACUGUCAAAGACCAGACUUACUGUAUUGGACCAGAGGAGAAUAAAUUAUACCUCCCUAGGCCAUCAAAGCUUCUUGUACCCCAAGAGGAAUUCAGACCAAAAUUGGAAAAUUAUGUUGCCACUCUUGCCUUGCCUCCUGCUUUUUGCCAUACAUAGGCAGCUUUUAAGUCUGGAUCUCUACAAGCAUCCUGCCAGCAGAGGCUGCUAAAGGGAUGGGCUGAAUUAGUGCAUCCUACUAUCUACAUUUGCCUUAUCCUGGCUCCUUGAUAGUAUAGUCCACCUCUGCUGGAAUAGGAGUACAGGAUGUGAUUUUUCAAUGGAAAGAAAUGUAAAGUUUAGAUCCUCUUUUGUAUCUUGCUAUCAGGCUCCUCCAAUCCAGUAAGUGUGUGAGAUAAAUAAGUGUGUGAGAUAAAUAAAUAAAGUGUGUGAGUUUAUCUUUUUUUAAACCAAAUUUGUACAGAUUUUCAACAGCUUUGAAGAAAUACAUUUCCUAAAUAAUUUUAAACAAACUCAAGAUAUUAGCAUUCUGAAGAGGUCAGCUUUGUCUUUGACCUAUUAAGGGAAAAUGAUUUAUAUACUGCUGUGUGCACUGGUACAGAAGUAUAUUGAACAAGACUAAUGGCCUGCUCAGUUCUCAAAGUUAGACGGAGGGAGCAUUUUGGAAUGCAAGGUUUCCAGUUAGCUAUGUGGGCCUCUAAAACAAAGAAGGGUUGUCACAUCUGGGUAGCAUUUGGCUCAUGAACAAAUGAUAAAGUUAUAGUUUUGACAGUGAGGGGAAAGUAACUCAAAAGAUGACUAUUUUUUCUUGUUCUCUGGUGAACCCAAUGAGUAUAUUUCAAAACCAAAUCUAAAAUUCCAUUCAUUCUUCAAACCACAUUGACAGCUACAAAAUGAAAUGGAAAAAAAAGAGUUAUUUUAAGGUACCUAGCAUGUCUGUAGUAAAUUUUUUUUUUCAGAAAGAUAACAAUAAGCAUUGUCUUAGGGACCUUGGAAAUGACCUGUACUGAACUACAUCUUUGCAUGGACAAAUGCAGACACUUUUCUUCAUUGCCUCUCUUUUUGGUAUAGACUUGUGCAAAAGAGGUAAUGAAAAUUUUGGGUAGAUUAAUGGACACACAGGAGUUUUCUUUUAAGGGGGCAAAAAAGAUUAAAAUAUGUCAGAAGGCAGUUUCUUUUUUAAAACAAAGUCUCACUAAGACAUUUUAAAAUUGCUUUUUACUUUUAACUAUGCCAAAUCCCCUACACCCAGAAUAAAAAAAUUGACAUGACUUUCA